AUCGACAUCUUUUGAUUCUUCCACACUAGUUUUUUUUCCUAAACCCUAACUUCUUCGUUCGCGUCCACGAAGCCGCCGGCAAUUUUUCGUCGGCGACUGUUACUCGAUACCACCACCUGUUUACUCUUUAAAGGUAAUGGAUAGGGAGAAUACAACGGAGCCGCCGUACACGACGGCGGCAUCUUCGGGACAAAGUAGCUUCGUCCGUCCUCCUCCAAUUGCUCCAGUCUUGGCUACUGCUUCGAAUGUCUCUCAGUCGGAGCAACCCUCUAUGUCUAUUGCUAGUACAGGUUUUGUCUCUCAGCCAGUUCCAUCUUCUGUUACUGCACAAUGGGGUUCUAAUGCAGCAGCCUCCUCAAAUGUUAAUCUUUUACCUCAAGCUUCGCCCAUGCUACCAAAUCCGCCUUUUGGUCGACCAGGAACACUUGCCCCUCCUGGACUAAUGACAUCUCCGUCUGCUUUUCCUGGUUCCAAUCCCUUUUCUACUACUCCAAGACCUGGGAUGUCUACAGGUCCUGCUCAAAUCAAUCCUGGUAUUCAUCCGCACAUGUAUCCUCCAUAUCAUUCACUGCCUACAAUGCCUGGAACGCCUCAAGGAAUGUGGUUGCAGCCUCCUCUUAUGGGUGGUAUUCCCAGGGCACCUUUUAUUUCUCAUCCUACUACUUUUCCUGGUUCAUAUCCAUUUCCAGUUCGUGGAAUCUCUCCUAACUUACCAUAUUCUGGUUCUCAACCGCUUGGUGCAAUUCCUAUGGGAAGUGUUGGCAAUGUUCAUGCAUUACCAGGUCAUCAGCUUGAUACAUCUCCCGGGCAAAAGACAGAAGCACUCUCAGGAAUCGAUGACAGAGCUGGUUCUCAACUAGUUGGAAAUCGAUUAGAUGCCUGGACUGCACAUAAAUCAGAAGCAGGAGUUGUUUAUUAUUAUAAUUCCGUUACAGGGCAAUCAACCUACGAAAAGCCUCCUGGUUUUGGAGGGGAGCCUGAUAAAGUGCCAGUGCAGCCAAUUCCAGUUUCUAUGGAGGAUUUACCUGGGACGGAUUGGGCUCUUGUGUCCACAAAUGACGGCAAAAAGUAUUACUACAACAAUAAAACAAAGGUCAGCAGCUGGCAAAUUCCUGCAGAAGUGAAAGAUUUGGGGAAGAAACCGGAGGAGAGGGCUAUGGAGAGUGUAGCAUCUGUGCCAAGUGCUGAUUUCACUGAAAAGGGUUCUGAUCUAUCAAGUUUGAGCGCACCUGCUAUCAGCAAUGGUGGCCGGGAUGCUGCAUCUCUAAAAACUACAAAUUUUGGUUCGUCGGCACUGGAUUUGGUUAAAAAGAAACUACAUGAUUCUGGAGUACCCGUCUCAUCUACUUCAACAUCUGAAGCAAAUGGUGGUAAAGCAAGUGAGGUCACACCAAGUGGAGAAAGUGGAAAUGGUACGGGUAAGAUAAAAGAUGCUUCUGGAGCUGGGGAACUUUCUGAUUCUUCUUCAGAUUCCGAAGAUGAAGAUAGUGGACCAUCGAAGGAAGAGUGUUUUAAACAGUUUAAGGAAAUGCUGAAAGAGAGAGGAAUAGCACCGUUUUCUAAAUGGGAGAAGGAAUUACCAAAAAUUAUCUUUGACCCUCGCUUUAAGGCAAUACCAAGUCAUUCUGUUAGAAGAUCUUUAUUUGAGCAGUACGUAAAGACACGCGCUGAGGAAGAACGUAGGGAAAAGCGUGCUGCUCAUAAGGCAGCUAUUGAAGGUUUCAGGCAGUUGCUGGAUGAAGCGUCUACGGACAUCGAUCAACACACUGAUUAUCAUGCUUUUAAAAAGAAAUGGGGGAAUGAUCUCCGGUUCGAAGCACUUGAGCGGAAGGAGCGGGAGGCUUUUCUGAAUGAAAGGGUCCUUUCUUUGAAACGAACUGCUGAACAAAAGGCGCAAGAAAUUCGCGCAGCUGCUGCCUCUGAUUUCAAGACAAUGCUACGCGAAAGAGAAGUAUCAUUAAAUUCACAUUGGUCCAAGGUGAAGGAUAGUCUGAGAAAUGAUCCAAGAUAUAGAUCUGUUGCGCGCGAGGACAGGGAGGCUUUUUAUUAUGAGUACAUUGCAGAACUAAAAGCUGCACAAAGGGGAGAUGAUCAUGAGAUGAAAGCCAGAGACGAAGAGGACAAACUGAGGGAACGGGAGCGUGAGUUGCGGAAACGCAAAGAAAGAGAAGUGCAAGAGGUGGAAAGAGUACGACAAAAAAUUAGAAGGAAAGAGGCAAGCUCCUCUUAUCAAGCUUUGUUAGUAGAAAAAAUCAGAGACCCUGAGGCAUCCUGGACGGAAUCUAAGCCAAAACUUGAGAGGGAUCCUCAAAAACGGGCCUCUAAUCCAGACUUGGAUCCUGCUGAUAAAGAGAAGCUAUUCCGAGACCACAUAAAGACACUAUAUGAGCGAUGUGUUCAUGACUUCAAAGCUCUUCUAGUUGAAGCCUUGUCAUCUGAAGCUGCUUCUCAACAAACAGAAGACGGAAAGACUGUGCUUGAUUCUUGGUCAGCAGCUAAACAAGUACUGAAAUCCGAUAUCAGGUACAGCAAGAUGCCAAGGAGAGAUAGGGAAGUCUUAUGGCGCCGAUAUGCUGAGGAUAUCUCGAGGAAACAGAAACAAGAAAACUAUCAGGAGGAGAAAUAAAGAGAUUAUAAGACCUAAAAAUCCUAAACCGAUAGGCUCUACGCCAUCCAUGGCUUGAUAUGUUGUGAAAAAAGAUCAUCAUGUCUUGUUGGUUUUUGUACUGUUUGAUUUUUGUUCUGGCUAACUAAAAACCAAUAUAGUUUGUUUGAUGUU